AUGGAGAUACUACCUACUUCGACGGCAUUGGGUAUACCAAGGAACUGUAACUCAUCUCAAGAAAACACUUCCGAGACGACGACAACAUCAUUACCAGACACUUCAACACCACCAUCAUAUGCAUCCCACCUCUUCCAUGAUAUUCAAGCCUCUCGUCCUGUGAGGUUUAUAGAGUCCUUGAUGGAUUCGGAACUUUUGGCUGACAAUGAAAUUGAACAAAUUGAGCAUUUCAAGUAUAAACAAGGUCUUGAGAGAAAGCUAACAGUGACAUCGGUUAUUGGUUUGGGAUUUUCAGUGAUGGGGGUUCCGUUUGGGUUAUCUUCAACGCUAUGGAUCUCUUUAAUGGAUGGAGCUAAUGUAACAGUGCUAUAUGGCUGGAUUGUUGUCAGUUUGAUGUCUUUAUUUGUGGUGCUAAGUUUGAGUGAAAUCAUAUCAAAGUAUCCCACUGCUGGAGGUGUUUAUCACUUUAGUGCACUUUUAAGUAACGAAAAGUAUUCACUUAUCAGCUCAUGGAUCACGGGGUGGCUACUACUUAUUGGAAACUGGACAUAUGCAAUUAGUAUAAUGUUUUCUGGAUCGCAGUUUAUCUUAUCGAUAUUUGGAUUGAAAGACUUUGUAUACAAGGAAGACAAGUUUUUGGUCUUGGGGGUGUUUUUCAUCAUCUUGGCAUUUGUUGGGUUUAUCAACUUCAAAUUCUCCAAACAUUUGGAAAAGAUCAACAAAGCAUGUAUAUUGUGGACGAUAUAUACAGUGUUGGCAAUCGAUGUAUUGCUCAUAUUCUAUGCCAAAAGGACCAACUCUAUAAAAGAGAUAUUGACCCGAUUUGAUAAUUCUCGUUCAGGCUGGCCAGAUCCACUAGCUUUCAUCGUUGGCUUGCAAAGCUCAUCAUUCACCUUAACUGGGUAUGGAAUGUUAUUUUCCAUUACUGAUGAAGUCAAAAAUCCGGAAAGAAAUAUGCCCAAGGGAGUCAUCAGUGCCAUAUUGAUGGCAUGUUUGACAGGUAUUAUUUUUAUCAUUCCUUUGUUAACGAUAUUACCUGAGCUUGAAUUGUUAUUAGAUGGGGAUAGCAAUAUCAUGCCCAUCGAAAUCAUAUUCAAGCUCUCAACGGAGUCGUACCUUAUAAGUUUUCUCAUGGCCUGUUUGAUGAUUGGAACCGUUAUAUUCCAAAGUAUUGGUUCACUCACUACUGCAUCCAGAAGCACGUUUGCUCUUGCACGUGAUGGAGGUCUACCAAUGGCGCAUUUAUGGACUGAAGUUAAUUCAGUUGAAGAGUAUACGAUUCCACGAAAUGCGUUAUUUUUGUCAAUGAUUGUAUGUGCAGUAUUGUCGCUUUUGUCAUUAAUCUCGAGAUCAGCCUUCAAUGCUUUCAUGGGUGCUGCUGUGGUGUCGUUGGCAGUUGCUAAUGGCAUACCAAUAUUCUUGCUUAUGUUGAACAAGAGACAAAAGAUUAAAGGAGCAGCAUUCAGGUUGAGAAUAUUCGGCUGGUUUGUCAAUGGAGUGUCGGUGAUUUGGAUCGUGCUUUCCAUCUUCAUUCUUUGUGUGCCACCAGUUAUCAAGAACUUGACCUGGCGCAAGAUGAAUUACGCAAGUGUCGUAUUGGUUCUAUUUUUGGGAUUUGCUACUCUAGGUUAUGUAACUUGGGGCUCAAGUUCUUUUACUGGGCCAGAGAUUGAAACGGACUAUUUUGAAUUAAAUAAUUUAGAGGCUCAUGGAAGAAAGAAUUUGGAAAACUUUGUUGUUGGUGAUGAAGAUGAGGAAGAAGAUAGUGGAGAAGAAGAAGUCAGCAAUAUUGAGGGCGAUUUUCUGAAGGAUUUUGAGAGCAAUUAUACGCCUCCUCCAGCCGUACAUAGGAAGAAAACAUAUCAUCUUCUAGAGGGGAGCUCCAAAAACACAUCCAGCAGACUCGGUAGUAAGAACUUACCAAAGUUUAUAACCUCAAACAACUCCAAUGAGGAAGAAUCGAAUGAAAUUUCAACUGAAAGCGACAACGAAGUGUUGUUUGAAGCGCGGGAUGAGUCAAGAGAACAGGUGGCUAAGAGGGCUUAG